AUGUCUGAACCCAGCCAAAACUCCGAGGAGGAGGUAUGUGCCGAGGACAUCGAUGAGGACGAAAUCCUGGCGAAUCUCUCCCCCGAAGAGCUCAAGGAGCUACAGUGUGAAAUGGAAGUGAUGGCUCCAGACCCCAAGGUCCCCGUUGGGAUGAUACAGAAAGACCAGACGGAGAAAGCACCGACUGGGAGCUUCGACCACCGCUCCCUCGUCGACUACCUGUACUGGCAGAAGGCGUCGCGGCGCAUGCUCGAGGACGAGAGAGUUCCYGUCACCCUCCUGCCCUCGGAGGUAAAGAGCAAAAACCCACAAAUAUCUAUGGGGUGUCUGCUGAAGGGUGAGAGACGCUAUCAAAACGAGCACGUGUCCAACUCAGUAGCGCCAGCUGCGGAGACAAGCAAAGACGCGAGUGACAAGGAGGUAGAGGAGGAGGAGGAGGAGGAGGAAGGAGAAGAGGAAGAUGAAGAAGAGGAGGAGGAGGGGGAAGAAGAGCAUGAUGAGAACGAAUUGCAGACAACAGAGACUGACACCAAUGAAAACAGUCACAGAGAUCAGAUAAGUAAGGAGUCAGGUACAGACUCAGAGGAGCUCACUGAAAAGCAAGAGGAAAAUGAAAAGAAAAUAUCGAAAUUAAACAUCCCCAAAAAGUUAGCACUGGAUGCUAGCUUCAUAAAGCUGAGUGCCAGACCCUCAGGAAAUCAAACCAAUUUAGAGGAGAGUUUGGAGAAAGUCCGCAAAAACAACCCGGACGUGAAAGAGGUCAACCUGAACAACAUCGAAAACAUCCCCAAAGAAAUGCUGAUAGACUUUGUAAACGCCAUGAAGAAGAACAAGAACGUCAAGACGUUCAGUCUGGCCAACGUGGGCGCCGACGACAACGUUGCCUUUGCGCUGGCCAACAUGCUGCGCGAAAACCGGAGCAUCGCCACCUUGAACAUCGACUCCAACUUCAUCUCGGGCAAGGGCAUCGUGGCCAUCAUGAGGUGCCUGCAGUACAACGAGAGCCUCACGGAGCUGCGCUUCCACAACCAGCGCAGCCUGCUGGGCCACCAGGCCGAGAUGGAGAUCGCGCGGCUGCUGAAGGCCAACCCCACGCUGCUCAAGAUGGGCUACCACUUCGAGCUGCCCGGGCCCCGCAUGGUGGUCACCAACCUGCUGAGCAGGAACCUGGACAAGCAGCGGCAGAAGAGGCACCAGGAGCAGCGCCAGCAGCAGAUGAAGGAGCAGCGGGAGCUCAUAACCAUGCUGGAGAACGGACUGGGGCUGCCGCCGGGCAUGUGGGAGAUGCUGGGGGGCCCGAUGCCGCAGGCGAUGCCACAGGAGCCUCCACCGGCGCCCAGGCCGCCCGCUCCCACCGCGGUGUCGCCGAGCAAGAGGAAGGAGAGCGCGGGGCCGCCGGCGCCCGCCCCGCCGCCCGCCGCGCAGCCYGUCUCCUUCCGCGUGGUCAAGCUCAAGAAGACGCAGCGCAAGCCGGCCGUGCCCGAGUACGUGGAGCCCGCCGAGAAAACCAACCUCAAGGACGUCAUCAAGACGCUCAAGCCGAUCCCCCGGAGGAGGCCGCCACCGCUCGUGGAAAUCACGCCGAGGGAUCAGCUCCUCAACGACAUCCGKCAGAGCAACGUGGCUUACCUGAAACCGGUGCCAUUGCCAAAGCAGUUGGAGUAAGAGACCAGACAGAUCUGAAGAAAACACCUUGAAAUAAGGACUGUGCAAGGUUUGCUUACAAUUGUUUCACCAGAUGUCUUCUUCAGAAGCCAGGUGGUGUUUGUGACUCUCUGGGAACAAAGC